AUGAAAGAACUGUGGCAGUCGGCGCCGUUUGGUAACCUAAACCAAGUUGAACAACCAAAUUUCAGGAUGUGGCUACAAUAUCUCAUGCACUCGUUGGAUAAGGAUCUAGUACGGUGGGCGAUUAUUGUGAUGUGGAAAAUCUGGGAUAAUCGGAAUAAAUAUAUGCACAAUGAACCAAUGAUGAACUCUGAAGAAAUCGUCAGGUGGAGUAAGUCGUACCUUGAUGCAUAUAGCCAUGCACAAUUCCAACAGCCUUCGACCGCAAGGGAGGACCACCCAUCAAAGUGGAAACCCCCAUCGCCGGACCUCAUCAAAAUUAAUGUUGAUGCCGCUUUCCCUCCGGACCAAGAUUACUACAUGACGUCUAUGGUACCGCGCGACCAUAAUGGCAAGUGCAUUAGGUGGAGAAGAGAGUUGCAUCCUGGGAGACCGCCACCAGCCGUUGGGGAAGCUCACGCAGCCCUUCUUGCAAUGCGUCUUGCGAUUGAACUUGGGUGGCAGUCAAUCAUUACUGAGAGCGAUUGUCUGCAUAUUACGGAGUCCCUUAAAGAAGGUGUGGCCACUUCAGCUCCUUAUGGUAUUUUUAUUGAGGAUUGUCUUACUGUUUUACCACUUUUUCAAUGCUGCAUUUUCUCGUUUGCCAAACGUACCGGUAACUGCUUGGCUAAUGCCAUUGCAAAAGCUACUGACCUUAAUUGUUAUGAAGGUUAUCUCCUUCCCUUGAACUUGGCUAUAUUUGCCUAA